AUGGUAGACCUGGCUAAAUUCAACAUUGGUCGCCCAAAUAGCCACCAAUUCCGGAGAAUUGGAUAUGAUUUCCAAACUACAUUAUUAAAUACACACUCUGAAACUUCAAAUCACGGGUUCAAUAUCGCAAAAGCGAGGAUGGAUGGAUCACACAUCGUCGCUAACCUGGUCAAGCGUAUCCAGGGAAGCACGGCUGUUGGAUAUGAUUCCCUUAGCGACAAGUUGGAACCAGCAAUCUCUGAGGAAGAUGUUGCCAUGUAUGAGGAACAUGUUGAAUCAGGGCGCUUCGAAAAGGUGAAACAAUGUGCUUUUGACUCCUUAGUACUGAUUCGAUCAGCGGCUGCCCCUGUCGAAGUCUCCUGGAAUAUCGGCAUACCUGAUACUGAUAUGCGGGCAUUAAUGCAGCUAUAUCCCAUUGUUACGUGUUCUCUCUAUUGUAUCACCAAGCAACUAGACGAAGUGCUGAGCGAUGCUGGGCAAUGCAAGGAGACAAUUGACGACACUUCGACUCUCACGUUCGAAGGUUUAUUCUUAAUCGCAAGAACAGGGAUAGAAAUGAUACAUCCAGUUGUAUUGACAGUUGAAAAUAACAUCUUAGGCAUAAUGCUGGAUCUCCUGGAUAGGGCAGCUACGGUUACGCCGUUGCUAAACGCAUGUAUGUCAUGCCUCACGAUAUAUCUCUGCCGUCUGCUAUCAGCAGAUAUACCGGAAAGCGUGGGAGAGGGUAUCAUGGGCGUCUUAUCCCACCUAAAACGCCUGUUUGAGAGCGUUCUCACAUUGGCGAUAUCUGGUGAUGGUGAAAGGUUGCAUAACAACGCCAUUUCGUUGCUUAAAAUGACUAUACGCGCAGCGACUCAGCGUAUAAUGGCAUUCGGAAACACGGGUGAGUCUACCACUGACAAUCCACAGCUGACCUUUCUUACCAAGGUAGUCGACUGUUGGUACGGCGUGUUCGUGUCCAGGAUGAUGAAAUUGCGUGCUGAUAUGGUUUUGUCAAACACUAAACCUGUGAAAUUGGGCAAACUAAUGAAAAUACUGGUGACUUUCCCACCUUUGCCACCAGCACACCGACUAAGGCUGGUGCUGCAGGUUGCUCUGACGCUACAACAGGACUCGGCUUGUAUCCUGCAGAGCGAAAUUCUCACUACACUAACAGCAUUGUUGGAUGUAGAUUACAGCCAAGCUGGAGAUGUAGUGCGCAACAACGUACGCCCUCUAGCAGAGGCCAUAAUAGAACUAUUAUUUGACAGGCGGUUCUGCGGAAGUUCACACGGUGCCACGGCUUCUACUGACUGCGAUAAACAGGUACAACUUGUGUACUGUAUGGCUCAGUGCAUAAGAACGUCACGAAGCGUACCAAAAGAGCAGAAAGCGAAAUUUGUCGACGAAUUCUUACAGAAGCAAAUUUUCACGCUGCUGAACGCUAGCAAGGCGGAACAUUCGGGUGGCGAAGGUAGAUUAGACCGCUUGAUGAAGGAAACGGAGCAUUUUCCAGGGCUCCAAAGCCAUUUCCCAUCACUAGAGGAUUUCUUAGCUUCUCGUGACGACUGCCAGCUUCUAACACGUCUCACAAGGUUGUUUGACUAUCUGCUCACUUAUUGUAAUAGAGUUUUGGAUGAGGCUAUUUCUCUCGUUAUAUGUUGGCUAUUCAGCGAAUUUAAUUUCACACUAUGCAUCAAAAUGCUGGCGCCGCUCUGCCUUGACUUCCUACGUACAAAACGCAGUAAGAUGCUGGAUGGCAUACAUAACACUAACCUUAUGCCCAAAGGUGUAGCAUCAAUAAUAGAUUUGGCUACUGCUCGUUGGGUACUAGGUGGUAGGGUUUUUUUGACUGCGCUAGAGGCCUACAGGGAGACCCGAACUAAGGAUAACAUGGACGUCGACUCCCCAGAGACAACUUCACAAGCGGUGACUAUUUUCACCACUGUCAUGGAAUCAACUGUCGAUAUCGCAAAAGAAACGGAGGGAGUUUUGCCCAAGGACUUAGAGGAUUGCUUCGGGCUUUAUGUGAAGACGUUCGGUAUCGAGACGUACCUCCGGUUGAUGCCACUUACACCGCUUUACAGCAUCCCAAUCACGUCGGAAACAUUUCGAAGCGAAUCUUACGUCUACAUGUUACCGAUACUACAGCGACAGUUGAAAGGUGUUUCACUUGCAGUAUACGUGAAAUAUAUGUUGCCGGUGUUACGGCACCUGGAAGCGCUGGCACAAAAGACCAAGGACUGUGCGGCCAACGUGACAAGUGAGGUUACCUUGGCAUAUGUAUUGCGUUCAUAUGAGGCAGUGGUAGGUGCAAUGUACAGUAUCCUUAUUUCGAUGGCUUCAAGUGCUGAUGACUGCAAGGCUGCAUUAGAGCUGAAUGAUUUUGAGCUGCUUAAACACAUUUUGAGUAUGUUGGAUAGCGGUGCAAGUAACGCUGUGGUGUCAUGUCGAAUUAUCGCUGCUUGCAAAGACUUGGAUGGGUUGGCAUCGAAGUUGAUUGGUGUGUUGGUAAAACGCUUUGUGGCAUUGGAAACGCCUUCCCACAGCAUCUCCGGUGGUACUAAGGCGUUGGAGGACUCUAUAUUAAGUGCGAUUGCUAAUUGCGGCCGAUUUUGCGAUUCCAAGAUGCUGUCUGAUAAUCUAGAAUCAUUCGAGGCGGCCUUAAGGCGCAGCAAAUACAACGUUGACCCUUUGAUAAAGAUAUCACGUGCUUUACUGCCAGGAGUUGCAGACGAAUUGAAAUACCAGUUACAUCGCCACUGGUUGACCCUCUCGAGCAGUGAACCGUCAAAGAAUUUGUAUCUUGCACUGAAACGAAGUUGUGAGACACUUGCGGUUGAGCUUAAGCGACUCUUUCCACGAAGGGACGACACCAAGGCGACUGUAGACACAGAUGCCAUCUGGAGAUCUGCAUCACGGUAUGUGAAGGAAUCGUGUUCGGUGAUUGGCUUGCGCAUGCUACGGGAGGCGCUCCACAUUGCGCCAAAUGCGAAACCACAAGUGGAAACUGAAGAGCACAGCAAACACAGAUUGUGCUGUAUCGCUGCUUUCGCUCGACUGUUGGAAACCAUGAAAGAGCAUGGUGUUUACACUCGUGACGUCAAAGGAUUUGUGGACGCUCUUGUGAAACCGCUUAUACUCGAAGCCAUGGUUAAUGUAACAGCGGCGAACAAUAGCACACGUAGCAGCGCCUUGGCCGUUUACGAUUCCAUCUGCAACCUGAAACUCGAGGAGCUUGGUGACGUACUCAAGCUUAGUGUAUCGUCACUGACAUGUGGAACCUCCAAUUCUAUGCAGAUCGUGUUAGUCAGGUGUCUCUCAAGACUCAUAGCUCGGCAUAGCGAGCACGCUGUAAAAUACAAUUUGACGCAGGUGUUCUCUUUUAUAUUCCGACUAUUGUCUGAGGAUAACCAGAAGUUGUACGUUCAGUUAUUGAAGUUGGCUCGCGUUUGCGUCGUCAAGCUAAAUCGGGAACAAGUACUGUGGCUGGCUCCAAUGCUGAUGCCAAUGUUCGAAAAUAAAACUUGUUGCCACAGGGCUAAGGUCUAUGUUCGUCGUGUGAUUCAGAAACUCAUGGUGAAGCUUAGCCGGGACCAGAUUAUUAAGAUUUUCCCUCAGGAGCACCUCCCGCUGUUGCGUAACCUAUUGACGGCACAGCGUCACAAACGCAAUCAGAAGUUACGCAAGGUGCUCAAACCAUCCGAUGAUGAUGGAGAUGAUGACGAACAGUUUAUCGACAACAUGUUCAAGACCGACGAUGAAGGUCGUUUAAUAAUUAGUCUCGACGAAACUGACGAGACCAUAUCUGAUGAGCCCGUUGUGAAGGAAAUCAGAUUGUUCAAGCAUCAGACCAAGGCACACCAUUCUUCUAAGAAGAAGGGGGGCGUCCAGCCCUACGCCUAUAUUAAGUUGAACCGUUCGAAAACAUCUGAGAAGCACAAAAAGGAAAACGUAAAGGCACUCAAGUCACUGUCUAAAACGAAGGCAAAAUCUAAGCACUAG